UAUUUAUUAUUAAAUCACGAUUAAAUAGUACGCAAUCGUUUUCGUGAAGACUUACUAAAUAAAAGCAGUGAAAAUAUUAAAAAAUGAAUGAAGAAACUAUGAUGUACAUGGAGGAUGAUCAGGAAAUAAAAAUGGAACCGCCGGAAUAUUUAGAAGAAGACAUUAAAUAUGAAAUUGAGGAUGAAUUCGAUAAUGUUGAUGAUAUUGUUAAGUCUGAAACGUGUACUGAGGAUGAUGAAACGUGUUUAGGAAGAUUUAUGAAUUCUGAAGUAUCAAUUGAGGAAGAAGUCAAACAGGAGGUAAUCGAGACACAAUCUUCUGAAUCGUUGGAAAGAUUCACGAAUUCCGAAGUGACAAUAGCAGAUGGAAGGGAACAAGAUGUUGAGUCUCUUUUAGUUCAGUACUUCAUAAUUCCUGCUACUGUAGUACAACCUAGUAUUGAAUUGAUUAAUCUAAAACAAAAUGGAAAGCGUCUUCAUCAAUGCGGAACAUGCAAGAUGGUUUUCACAUCAUCAAGUAUUCUGAAAAAGCAUAUGCAUAUUCAUACUGGAGGAAGACCUUACAAAUGUAAAGAUUGUAACAAAGACUUCAUUCACAUAUCUGUUUUAAAGAGACAUAUGCUUACUCAUUCUAGAAAAAAGCUUAAGCCUGUUCCUAACUGUGGAGCUUGCAAUAAGUCUUUUACCACAUUGGGUGCUUUGAAAAUCCAUAUGAAUACAGAGGAACGACCUUACCAAUGCGGAGUAUGUAAUAAAGCAUUCCAAAAACCAACUAAAUUAAGGCUUCAUAUGCUCACUCAUCCUGGGGAGGAUUCUCAUAAAUGUGGAGUAUGCAAUGAGACAUUUGCACAACUGAGUGAUAUAAAAACCCACAUGCGUAUUCAUACAGGAGAACCUAUUUACAAAUGCAUAAUCUGCAAUAAGACAUUUGGAUAUUUGUAUAAUAUGAAGGUGCACAUGCACAUUCAUACUGGAGAACGCCCUUACAAAUGUGAAAUGUGUAACCAAGACUUUCGUCAAUCAAACGAAUUAAAGCGGCAUGAAAUGACCCAUACUGGAAACGGUUUUCAUGAGUGUAUAAUUUGCAAUAGGAAAUUCCACCGACCGAGUGGUUUGAGCAAGCAUAUGCUUAUUCAUACAGGAGAACGCCCUUUCAAAUGUGAUGUUUGUGAGAGAGACUUCAGUCAAUUGUAUAAUUUAAGAGAUCAUAUGCGAAUUCAUUCUGGAGUUCGCCCCUAUAAAUGCCAAUUCUGUCAUAAGAUAUUUGCAUGGUUGUCUAAUAUGAAAAAGCAUAUGCGUAUUCAUACAGGAGAGUGUCCUUACAAAUGCGAAAUAUGUAACAAAGACUUCAGAUAUUUGUAUCAUUUAAAACAACAUAUAUGUAAUAAUACUUGA